AACUAUGAAUCCUUAAACCAAACUUAUGAACACGCGGCCGGCCGGCCAGCGCGCGACGUGGCGCCAAAUUACCCACCAUUUAACUGGUCAUUCGAGUCCAGUAUGAGACGUCAAAGCUACCUCCUCUUGCUUGUACUCAUUUUCAUCUCCCAGGUCGUCGUCUUCAUCAGCUUAAGCAACGUGCAUGACGACGAUGGGGAUUUCGACCAAAACUUGCUUGGCGACUCUGAAAACCGAAGGAUUUUGGAACUGAUGGCCGGCGCGGCGGCUGGCGGCGGCGAUGCGAAUGAUGCCGCUUUCUACGGCGACAUGUUCGAGGUGGAUCACGCUGGAGAAAGUCGCAAAAGGAGUCUGGAUUUUCAGCCCCAAACAUUGGAAGAACUUUUUAGCAGUACUGAUGACAGAAGUGAGCCGCGGGAUACUGAAGCUGAAAAGCGUUGGUUUUGGUUGCUGCAGAACAUGACCGACAGGCUAUUUUUGGAUGAGAUGGGACCAAGGAGUGACAGUGUCUGUCAGUUGCCCAACCUGAAGGCUCCAGAUAAGAUGUGCCCGGAGCGGAUAGGAUGGGAGUGCAAUAUGGUCCCUUCUUUCUCGUCAUUCAAUCCCGCAACAAGGAAUAUCACAGUCAGCUGCCCGGGCAGGUUUCGGGUCAACCAACUUGAUCGAACAGAGUCGGAGGAAUUGGUCACAAAGAACAGCUACAGACGGAAAGCCAUUUGGAAGUACUACCAAGGACCCCAAGAGAUUGCCAUGGAAACCGAAUAUGCAGAUGUGGUCUGCAAAAAUGAAAAGAUGCAGGACCUCCACAACUACCACACCCAGUUCAUGCCCAAGCCGGCAGCUGACCGAGAGCAUGAAGGGAGGCUUCGGGAGGUCAAAGGUCGAGAGCCAGCCUGGCGACCCCUCUCGGUUCUAACGGUGGUCCUGGACUCAACUUCCAGGGCACAAGCCCAUCGCAGCUGUGGCUUGCCUAAAACUAUGGCUUUGCUUAAGCGUUACUACCAGGGUUAUAUCAGUGAUAUUUCACAGUCGGGCCAAGGAACCCCGUCCCAUCAGUCCUUCUUCUUCAAUCGUCUGAACUCUAUCAGCGGCUCUACCGCACUCAACCUCACCCCGCUCUUCUCUGGGCAACUCUAUCAGGAUAUUGACAUGAGCAAAGUCGCAAACGGCAUAUAUGCUAAGGAUAUUGAAGAAUGGAUCUGGCAGUAUGCGGCCAAGCGUGGGUAUCUGACAAGUUACGGUGUUGACAACAACAGUGGUAUGAUGGGAACAAGAACACAUUGCAAGGCUUGCCACUAUCGACCACCGGUGAUGCCCCACGUUGAGCAUGGCUGGCAAAAGCGAGAGAAUGAACAGGUGAGACCCAACGUUCUUUCCGGUCUGUGUGAUGGCAAUCACAUGCUGCAUGAGCACAUACUCAACUACACCAGAGAUUUCCUGACACACCCCUAUCCGGCAAAAUGGGCUGCGCUGGAUUUGAAUGCUGGACACAGAAGGGAGACAGAAUCAGGAAACCAGGUUGAUGCUGAGCUGGCAACAUUCUUGGAAGGAGUAUUGCAGGAAAACAAAAAUAUUGUGGUGUUCAUUUUAGGAGACCACGGCAAGCCACUACACAAGGAUCCCUCCCAUCUCGGCAGCUACUAUGAGACCUUGCUACCUUUUUUCUCCAUCCUCAUGCCCACAUGGCUUCUGAGAGAGCGACCUGACAUUAUGGAAAACCUUAUUGAUAAUCAACAAAGAUUCAUGGUACAUGCAGAUUUGCAUUUCAGCAUGAAGUCCCUCCUCCAUUAUCCUUAUAUGGAUGAAGUGGGUGGGGCCAUUGCUUCCAAAGCUGUCAAUAUCUUUACUGAAGUGAUUCCUAAGCAGCGUUCCUGUGAGCAGGCUAAUCUCCCAGCAUGGACUUGCGUGUGUGGAUUCAUGCAGAAACUCCCAGAGCCACAUUGGACUAGGAGGCACACCAGCAUGGUCCGCAAGACGCUGCGCUACAUCAACGCUAUGCACGGACCCGAGAAACUCAAGUCCCUGGACCCCGGCUCCAUCGGUGACCCCAAGACCUCCUGCAUGGACCUGCAUCUCAGACGGAUACUAAACGUCCUGGUUAACGAGAAUAAAGAUGAAGAGUUGCAGUCCGCCCGACGUUACGUCUAUCAUGUUACCUUUCAGACCAUUGAGGAGGAUACAGUAUGGUCUGUCAUUAUGGACAGUGAUAUGGAUAUCAAACUGGUCAAGCAGAUCACCCUAUACCAACCCUACGAUGUCUGCUGGGACAGGAGAGUACCCUUGCAAUUCUGCGUCUGUGACAAGACUUCACAGCCGACUCCUUCCAAACUCUAUCAACCACGGUCCGUCAGGUGAUGCAGGCUCCUCUGAUUACCCCAUGGAUGUAAUAUUUACUCAGGAGUUAGUAUUAUGCAAAUAAUAAUGAUUUAAUGUGUAUUUAUAAAGCACACAUACAUGUGAUCAAUGCGUUACAUCAUUGUUACCCUGCUCAUUGGGCUAUUGAAGCAUUCCAAAGACAAUCUCAGCUCCCUGGGGCGUAUACAGCUCGAUGCUGCCAUUUCAGCGCAAAUCAGCUAAAAAUCAGUUGCAAUAACCAUCUCUAGCUGCCCUUACAAAUACCAGUUGACUACUCCUGGGUUGGGAGAAGCAAUGAGUGACAAAGUGCCUUGCCCAAGGGCACACGCACCAUAACCCCAGGCUGGACUCGAACCCACAACCUGCAGAAUAGAGCGUGAAUCAUUGUCAAGGACAUGAGCUUGACCCAGGGAGGAUGUGAUGCCACACUGUCUCAACAUACUGUUACUUCCCUUACACAUUGGACCAUUGACCAAUGAAAGCAGCCGGUCUGGCUCAUGAAUAUGUAUAAGGUGUAAGUUUAGGCUUGCUACUUGUAUGUUAGGAAAAUGGACGCAACGGUAUUCGCCCUCUGCGCGCUUCCGCCAUAAGCAUGCAGAGCCUCGAUCUGGCAACUUU